AUUGAACCGCAAGAUCAGAGUGCAGUCGUCGGAUCCAGGGUGACUCUACCCUGUAGGGUGGAAGGCAAAGUGGGGCAACUGCAAUGGACCAAAGAUGACUUCGGUUUGGGAACUCAUAGACAUCUCACUGGCUACGAGAGAUAUAAAAUGGUCGGAAGCGAUGAAGAAGGCGAUUAUUCCUUGGAUAUCAGAGAAGUUGCAUUGGAGGAUGACGCUACAUAUCAAUGUCAAGUCAGUUCAGGUCCUAGGGGUGAACCACCGAUCAGAUCAAGAUAUGCCAGACUGACAGUACUCGUCCCUCCAGAGCCGCCGAGGAUACUGCAAAGUCCUAUACUUCAAGCUGUUGAAGACCAAGAAAUUGAUCUGGAAUGUGUAUCUGUAGGAGGAAAACCAGCUGCUGAGAUAACGUGGGUGGAUGCUGAAGGCGGAGUGCUGACGCAUGGCGUCACGUACACUGUCGAGCAGAUGGCUGACGGCCGCAGGUUCACUGCGAGAUCCGUCCUACAUCUUCGUCCUAGAAGAAGUUAUCACAAUCAGACGUUCACGUGCCAAGCUCAGAAUACAGCAGAUCGGGCUUAUAGAGCUGCUAGUAUCAAACUACAAGUUCAAUACGCGCCAAGAGUGAGGAUUUUCAUCAAAUCUAGUGUGAAAAACAAUAGAAUCCAGGAAGGUGAUACAUUGAUUUUAGGUUGUCAAGCGACAGCGAAUCCAAACAAUCUAACGUACAAAUGGUUUGUUAAUAAUGAUCAAAUCAUUGGAAAUGUAAACAAUGAAAUUGUGAUACCGAAUGUGUCUCGCAAGUAUAACGAGGCGACUGUAAAAUGUGAGGUGCACAAUACAGUCGGCAAAAGCGCAGAUACCAAAACACUAGAAGUGGCAUAUGGUCCUAAAUUCAAAGUGAAGCCACAAAAUGUUGAAGGAGAUUCAGGUUCGAUAGCCACAAUGAACUGCGUUGUUGAUGGUCAUCCAUUACCAAAGAUAACUUGGCUACGAUAUGAAAAUGAAAGGAUAAUUAGAGUUGGCAAAUCAACAAACCUAACAGUAACCGUAACAAGGCAAUCCGCGGGGCAGUAUUGGUGUAGAGCAAGUGUUGAAGGUUAUCCUGACAUCGAAACAUCAGCUAUGGUCUUUGUUAAAGGUCCACCGAAAAUCAUAUCAAAUAGAACACAAUAUGGUGUAGAAGGAGACAGCGUUAGAGUUGAAUGUAUAUCUUUCUCUGUUCCGAAACCAGAUUUUGUGAUUUGGAGUUUUGAAGGAAAUGAAAUUAAUUCAUUCCAUAAUCACGAAUAUGCAUUUCUGGAAGAGACAUUAACUGAUCGUACAAGUAAAUCAACAUUAAUAAUACGCGAGAGUCAGGUGAAACACUUCGGUACUUACAACUGUAGUGUAACUAACUCGUAUGGAACGGAUACGGUCGAGAUUAAUCUGAUACCUGACAAAUCCUUUAAUCUCCUCAUAAUAAUCAGUGGUGCAGCAGGCUCAGCUAUUCUUCUAUUAAUAGUGAUGUUAAUCGUUAUGUUGUGUCAUCGCAAAUCUAACAACACCGAUGUAAAGAAGCCUGACAUCACAGAUGUUGGCAAAACUUGUGUCGAUCAGUUCAAAGAUAGUGAUCGCAAUUCUAAUAUCAGUGAUUUGAAGAUGGAACUGAGACAAGUUGAAGGCAGUUGUGAUAUGGAUCUUUCCAACAAUGGUUCGGAAACUGAACUCCAUUCGACUUUACAUCUGACUACGAAUCUCGGGUUGCCUCUCGCUGGACCUGUGCCUCUACCUGACUCCGGUUACGACAACGAACUUAUGAAACAAUACCAACGUUACAGUGGGGAUUUCAAUCAGCCGCUUGGAAAUAUGCAUAUGAAGGCUCAAGGUCAAAGCAACGGUUACGUGCCAUACGUAGACUACGCGCGGGACUACGCACCUCCACUGACUUCAGAUUCCCUCUCCGGGUCCUUGUCUAGAAGUACUGAUGAGUCAACUUACCUUAGUCACUGCGGAUCACUUCGAAGGCAAAGCAGUAGUGGUAGAUUGGGUGGAUUAGUUGGACCUGAUCUAAUACCAAUGGGUAAUCCGGGAGUAGUUCUCGGCGGUGGCUUGGAUGUGAGAUAUGCAGCGACAUACGGCAACCCUUACUUGAGAGCUAGUGGUCCUAUAGCGUAUGCAGCCCACCCUAAUACAGCCCCCGCGAAGUCUGCACCACCCCCAUACUAUACCCUUAGAAGUAAUAACCACCCUCCAAAUGUUCCAAAUGUGAUAUCACCGUCUUCAUCAUCAUCAUCUCGGCAUGUCACCAGUCCGUUAGCGUCGUCAUCAUCAACAAGCAGCGCUCAGCCACAAGUUCCUAAAGCAUCGCCGCAGUCUACAGGAGCUCUAUAUAUUCUCCCACCGUCCAGUCAAGGAAAUCUACAGUCUUGUCAGAUUACCAAAGGUAAUGGGUCCCAUUUGGCAGCCGGUACUCACGUGUAAUUAAUAAAGUGUGUAGUUAGGUUUGAAAAUGUACAUUUAAUUAAAAAAAAAUAACUGAACACCC